UUCUCUCAAAAUUACAUUUCGUCGUUUCGAAAUUACUUCUCAGUAACUUCAAUCUAAAUUCUAUUUCUCCAUAAAAUGAAUACUACAAAUAAAAAAGGAUCCGAAAAUACAUCGAGUAUUGAAUGUAAAUCUCUCCCGAGGAAUAUGCGACUAUACACCGAACUCGACUCUGAUGGCAACCUAGUCAGCCGGGAACUGACCGCCUACGAGUGUCAGCUCGAAGAUGACGUGGAGCAUCUGCAAGAGGCACUUUUUACGAUAUCUUCGCAGUAUGCUAAGAUUCAGUUCCACUUGCGUCAGAUAUCAUCGGCAACGGCCUGCGAAAAGAACUUUUUGCUUAAAGAACUGGAGGACAUGGCGACCCAUGGAGUAGAUGGGCGUGACUGCAGGUGGGGUGAGCUUCCCAGUCUGCGUUGCGACUCAACCACUCUGGGUAACGUUCGCGCUAAGCAGCAAAAGAUAAUCUGUCAGCUUCGAAGUCGUCUAGAUGACCUGGCCGAUGCAACAGGAGCUUGUUUUCAAGCGGACACUACUGAGUGGUCCAGUGCUUACACAAAUCAGAUUACUCCCUUACACCUAAGUGAACAAGACAACGCAAAAUAUAUGCCCGAGGAGAAGCCAAGAGAGCGUUACCUGUCAGAGACCUGGUCGGGCAGGUCGGACUUUCAGCGUUUGAAUUCAAAAUUGAAGUAUGCUUGCAGGGGCAGACCCAUGAAAACAAAAAAUUUAGAGAGGAGUGAUAAAAGAUUGGUAGAGUAUGAAUUAAGCCCUCGUGCAGUUAAUUACUAUUCCCCAGAAUUAAAUAAUGAAGAAAACUCACUGACUCUCCGAAAGAAAAAAGGAAAACUGAUGUAAACCAAUACUAUUCCGAAAACCAGCCACAGAGAAUUAGCUUCCGCUCAUUUUCAGUCUCAAUAAGAUUAACAGUGCUAGAUCAGUUGAGAUACAUAUGUACAUACAUAUAUAUAAGUUCCAAUCCAUUCAUAGACUUACGGUGUAAUUGUGACCAAAAUUUAACUAAAAUGUUGGAUUGACAUUCAUUUUUUUCAUCGUUGAUAUAUGGCAUUCCUUGGGAUUAUAUUAAUCAAUUUGUCACUUUAUUGGAGAAAAACCAAAUUGUUUCAAAUAAAUAAACAGAAAUUUCUUCUCUAA